AGACAAUCGCCUCUUCAACGUCUGUGUCAACUGUCAAGCAUCUCUCGACCCAAAGAUCUCCCUCACUACACCGCGCCCAUCCGUCCCAUCGCUUUCGGCCUUCCAUCUCAGUCCUUCACAAUGGCUCCCCACAAUGUCCGGUGGGGUAUCAUGGCUACGGGAGGAAUCGCCGAGACCUUCGUGCGAGACCUUUUAAAGGACCCCGCCAUCCGCGACGUAUCCGACGUCUCCCACACCGUUGUCGCCGUAGCAUCCUCCUCAUCUUCAGCCCGCGCAGAAAAGUUCAUCUCAGACACAGGCAUUCCAGCUCCCUGCGCUGCAUAUGGCUCCUACCAUGAUCUCGUGGCCGACGCCAACGUCGACGUUGUCUACGUCGCAACCCCGCACUCCCACCAUUUCCAGAACGUCAUGCUCGCCUUUGAAGCCGGAAAAAACGUCCUCUGCGAGAAGGCCUUCACCGUCAACGCAGCCCAAGCAAAGAUCCUAUGCGAGACCGCGAAGCAGAAGAACCUAUUCCUCAUGGAGGCCGUCUGGACUCGCUACUUCCCGCUGAGCAUCCAGAUCAGAGACUUGAUCAAGCAGGGCGCUAUCGGCGAGGUGCUGCGUGUCAUUUCCGAUAACAGCUUCGGAGAUCCCGUCGAAGAGACUUGGGGAACCAAGCAUCGCAUGGUCAACAAGGACCUGGCUGGUGGAUGUUUGCUGGACUUGGGAAUCUACUCUUUGACAUGGGUCUUCCAGACCCUGUAUCACACACUGCCUCGGGAGCAACGUAAACCUCCCUCGGCCGUCUCGGCUCACAUGACGCUCUAUCACCUGACUGGCGCCGACGAAGCCACUACCAUUCUGCUGAGCUUCCCGACCACCACGCCCUCCAAUCUGCCCCAUCCGGGCAAGUCGCAGGCCGUGGCCAUGACGCAUCUCCGCGUUGCAACGGACCCUGAUGAGGCUAACACCGCCCGUCCGGCGAUCCGUAUCCAGGGUACUGAGGGUGAGAUCCAGGUGGAUGGUCCGGCUUUCCAACCCAAACGGUAUCGGAUCAUUCCUAAGAAGGGAAAGGGAGAAUUGAAGGACGUCGAGUGCCCAUUCCCUGGAGAUGGCAGGGGCAUGUUCUGGGAGGCGGACGAGGUCGCUCGAUGCUUACGCGAUGGGAAGCUGGAGAGUGAGACAAUGCCGUGGGAAGAGAGUAUCGUCAUCAUGGAAGUGAUGGACGAGGUCAGGCGGCAGGGCGGAUUGACCUAUCCGGAGGAGAUUGAAUCCACAGUGUACCCUACGCAGCUGUAGGACCACGACCGCCAUGCAAAGUUAGAUUCUAUAGUACGGCAUUAAGCGUUGUUUAGUUGUUGACUAUUGAUGCAAUGCACAUGUUUAAUUAGUCUCCAUGUAUGAUAAACUCGGUGUGCAUGUCGGUCUGGGCGGUCAAACAUUGCGGUAUAGCUGGUGCCGGAUCAUCAGGUCGAAAGGGCGAGUAUAGUGGUCUAACCGGAAGUUGGUUGCAUUCCGAAAGAUUACUACUAUACAUAGAAAACAGA